UAAAACUCUGCCUAUUUCCUUUUCAAAAGCGCAGGAGGGAAAAACCCAACUGUUUGGGCAGGGCACAAGAUGCCACAUUCCCUCCCCGAUUUAUAAAGUAAGUGAAGCAAGUGAAGAACAGAAGGGUUAUUUCGCUUCCAAGAGAUAAAAGAAGACCCAAGAAAGGAGUUUCAACAAAGUGAAACGUUUCUAGUGACCAGGCUUAAUGGAACUGAAAGGAAGAAACGGCUGCCUGCAGAACAUUGGGAUGUGGAAUUGGGCAGUCAACCACUGGUUCUCAUCCCUGGUGAUCGUGGCUUGGUUGGGGAUGAACGUUUUCCUCUUUGUGACAUUUUUCCUGACAUUUGAGAGAGGUGAAAAGUACUUCUACACUAGAGAGAUCCUUGGGUCCGCGCUGGCGUGGGCACGCGCUUCAGCCAAAUGCCUCAACUUCAACAGCUUUCUGAUCCUGCUACCUGUUUGCCGGAACCUUCUUUCCUUCCUGAGGGGCUCCUGCUUGUGCUGCAGCCGCACCCUGAGGAGGCAACUGGACCACAACCUGACCUUCCACAAGCUGGUGGCUUAUAUGAUUGUCCUACACACAGCCAUUCAUGUCAUCGCUCACCUGUGCAACGUUGAGUGGUACAUCGAUGCCGCGCAAGCGACGGACGGGAGCCUGGCUUCCAUCGUCUCCCGCCUCCACUGGAAUGACGGGCGGUGGCUGAACCCCAUCCACUCCAACACCACGAUUCCUCUGUAUGUGGCCUUCGCCACCAUUCCAGGUCUAACAGGGGUGAUCAUCACCCUCGCUCUCAUCCUCAUGGUCACUUCCUCCGUGGAGUUCAUCCGCAGGAACUACUUCGAAGUCUUUUGGUACACUCACCACCUCUUCGUCAUCUACUUCGCAGGCCUCGUCAUCCACGGCAUCGCGGGUCUUGUUCGCGGGCAGACAGAAGAAAGCCUGAAGGAGAGUGACCCGGAGCACUGUGCCAAGGACCCUGCCAAGUGGGGGAAAGACUUCGACCAUCACCACUGCCAGGUGCCUGAGUUUGGGAGCAUUCCUGCUGAGUCCUGGAAGUGGGUCUUGGCCCCACUCAUUCUCUACGCCUUUGAGCGAGCCUUACGGAUAUGGCGCUCCUGCCAGAAGGUGAUUGUCACAAAGGUUGUCAUGCACCCCUCAAGAGUGCUUGAACUGCAGCUGUGUAAGAUGGAUUUUAAGAUGGAAGUGGGACAGUACGUCUUCCUCAACUGCCCUUCCAUCUCCUACCUGGAGUGGCAUCCGUUCACCAUCACUUCUGCACCAGAGGAAAGCUUCUUCUCUGUCCACAUUCGGGCAGCAGGGGAUUGGACAGAGGCGCUGAUCGAUACCUUUCAGCUGCAGAUGCCGACGUCACCCAAAAUCAAUGUGGACGGUCCCUUUGGCACAGCCAGUGAGGAUGUCUUCAAGUACAAGGUGGCCAUGUUGGUGGGAGCAGGGAUCGGGGUGACACCCUUUGCCUCGGUGCUGAAAUCCAUCUGGUUCAAAUUACAGCACGGUGACCAGACGCUGCAAACCAGACAGAUCUAUUUCUACUGGAUCUGCCGUGAGACAGGAGCCUUUGCCUGGUUCAAAGACCUUCUGGCUUCCCUGGAGCUCGAGAUGGAAGGGUCUGGCAGAACUGGUUUCUUGAGUUACCACCUCUUCCUCACAGGCUGGAGCAGCAGUAUGGUUGGUCAAGCAGCCCUCAACUUUGACAGGUCCACCGACUUGGUGACGGGCCUGAGGCAGAAGACCUCCUUUGGAAGACCCAUGUGGAGCAACGAAUUCUCUGCCGUGGCCAGUGCCCACCCCAGGUCAGCAGUGGGAGUGUUCUUGUGUGGACCAGAGAGUCUGGCUAAGAGUUUGCAGAAGCAGUGUCGUCAGCACUCCAGUCCGGACCCCCGAAAUGUCCAAUUCUACUUCAACAAAGAGAAUUUCUAAAGCACCUGGACAUUGAUGCAGCUGGUGUGAUUUGCAGGUACAAACUGGCUGAACGGUUCUUGUGACCUAAGACUGCCACCAGUGUAGCAGGUUCAGUGUAGCAGUGGACCUCCUCUUCGCUGGAUUGUGU